AUGUCAGCAGGACCAAUCAAGUACCAGUAUCUCAUCUCCAGAACCGGGGACAUUGUGUUUUCACUUACUGUUGGCACACUGGCAUACUUUGUCAAUGAGAGAGACAAUUUCCGUGCUCAGAAUGGCAACUCAUUACGCGAGUUAAUAUCGAGAAAGCGAGAACGGAUUAUUGCUCAGCGUGAACAAAAAUCCGCAUCAAAUUAA